UUUCCCUUCGCCCUCCUCCUCCUCCCCCCCGACAUAGACCUGUCGUCCCCAGGGCGUGCCGUUCCCGUCCGCCCCGGCCUGGAUAAUGCCAGUUUGCUCGCUCUAUCCCUCCACACGCCCACGACACUCAGCGUUCGCGUCUGUCCUGUCUCCUCCGACUGGCCUAUGUCCGCCACCUUUCGCCGCUAUGCACCCCCUUCACCUGCGCAGACCGCCCCGCCAGCCCCUGCCCAACAGAAUCUGAAGCGCAGGCGGUCCAGCAAGGCGUUCCAAGCGCACAAACCAAGGGACACCAGCAUCGUUGACCAACCACAGAUAUCCGCCGCCCAGGACACCUGCUUUGAUUCUCCCAACAACGUCAUAUCAUGUUGGCCCGAGUCCUCUAGCGUCGUCGCCCAGCACGAGUGGGCCUCCUUCGUCUGGAAUAGCCGACUCCCCCAAUGGGCACAGACGGAGAAGGUCAACAUCUUCCUGUUCCAAGCAGACUCGGGGCUGCAGGUCGUCAACUUUACGGACGUCGAGAACCCGCUGUUCACCUCGGGUCUCAUCCAUGUACAAGUGGACGACCGCUGGUGGGGCACUAGGGGCAAUCAGUGGAAUGGGCAGAACAUAUCGUUCCCCUUUUAUUUUGAAAUAACUCGAAACGACCAUCCAUUAGACAACAGCGCUAUACCCCAGGCGACCUUCACUGCCGUUCAGACAACCUUCGCGGAUUCAAUAGUCGCGUCGAUGUCGUCGUCCUCUGCCCUCGCUGCAGCUUCGUCUCGAUCCGUCGCUUCCUCAUUGUCCGCCGAUGCAACACGAACUACCGGGCUCUCUGCAACGCUCACUCCGUCACCAGGCUCCGGCUCCGGGUCAGCAGGCGCCUCACCAACAGGCGGGGCGGCAGCGCCGGGCGUGCAGGGCGCCAACGGCGGUGGGUCAUUCCCGAAGUGGGCGAUCGCCGUUAUCGUGGUGCUCGGCUUUCUCGCGCUCGUCGCCUCGGGCAUUCUUGCGUUCUACAUCAUGCGCCGCCUCCGGCAACGUCGUGAGGGCAUGCUCUCGCAUCGCAACUCCAUGGGCUCCUCGACUCCCAUGAUGGCGAACGCCGACCGCGGAGGCGGACCUCAAUCACCCGUCGUCGGCUCCUCGUUGCUCGCCGGGAGUGCGGCGGGUGCGGCGGCGGGGUACGGUGCGGGUGCGUAUGGUCCGGCGCGGCCAUCGUCGCCCGGGGACGUCCACGACGGCGCGUCGAUGAUGAGUCGGGCGAGUGACGCCGGCCCCUUCUCGGGCGCGGACGCGGCGAUCAUGGCAAACGCCUUCCGGCAGGCGCUGCGUAAACCAGACUUCGCGGACAGGCCGGUGGAAGAGGGCGAAAGCCCGGACGACCAACCACACGCAGGAUCUGCAGGCCCGGGCCAUUCGCACCUCAUCAACCAGGAGCUCGCAGAAGAGGGCCGGGAUAUACGCAGCGUAAGCUCGUCACGCGGCGUCAAGGUUGAGACAUUGAGCGACGACGAGGACGGUGCGACGGUUCAAGACCACUAGCCCCUUCGUAGGCGUUCGUGUCCCCGCUGCGGUGGUUUGUGUUUGUUCUGUCGAUGUGCCGUCCACUCUCUGUCUGCCUUUGGAUUAGUGCGGUGCGCGGGCUCGCUGUGGACCGGACCGUCCGCCGUGGCCUCCGUCACUCAGCGUUGUCUACUACAUGAGCGUCUUCGUACCCUCCAUCUAUAUCCCGCCCUCCACCUAUCCGCCCGUUCGUCCCUCUUCCUACAUGUCGCCCGUUUGUCUACUCCCACCCUCCUACGCCCGCCCACACCUUCGGUCCGUACCUCCUCUGGUCAUUAUACUUUAUUUUACCACCACGGACUAUUAAUAGCGACGACGCAGCGAACAUAUUCCACUCGCCGUUUGAUGCUAUGGACCUUUUCUCGCACCGAAACCCUUGCUGCCCGACGUCCCAGUACGAGCGCGCCCGCGCGCCCGUACAGCCGCAGCCAUACAUACGCCACACCCCUUGUCGCUCACACGCAUUCACGUUCACAGUGGCCUUUUUUUCGGUGCUUGUUGGUUGUGUAUGGGCGCGGCCGCAUGGUAGAGUCGGUAUUCUUGGAACUGUCCUCCUCGACGUCGUCUGGCACCGUUGUCCCUCGCGCGCAUCUCUCCCCAGCCAAUGGCGAAUGGGUCCCUCGCGCGCGAUCGCGUCCGCUCAUUAUAUCCCGCCUCCCCACCCGGGCCUCCCCCUCCCACCCUCCCGCAUCCAGAACGCCUUCCCCCGAGCACGACCGCGUGUGCACCCGUGCGCGCGGCUGUGGUCAGAACGUACCCCGAAUGGACUUGUGCACCCGGCCGUCUUCCCUUCCCGUCCCGUCCCAUCCCAUCUCACCCCGAUCGUCCCUGCUGCUCCUGGAGCCCUCCUGGGGACGUGCGGCUGCACUUGUCCUCCCGGGCGGCACGAGCUGGGCGGUCGACGCGCGGACUGCGUCCGUGUGCUGCGCGGCGCGCCCGAUAUAUCCCCUCUUUUCUCCUCCCGCUCCCUCGCUCGCCCCCCUUGAUUCGCCUCGCCUCGCCAAGCGCACCCUCCUGUCCCGUCCCACUCACCCCCACUCGGCCGCCGUGCGUGUCCCGUCCCGUGCCCCGUGGUACCGGUACCGUCCGUUUCGUAUGUCGCACACCCUCCCCUGGUCAUCGACCUCUUUAUGCAUGCGCCCCGUUUUUAACACUGUUUUUAUCGAUACUUGCCCCUUCUCGUCCCGUCUCUGUGCCCAUUCCCGCUCCGUUCUCCGUUCUCGUUUCACUUCGCUGCCGCCUCUUACUCACCGCACAGCACCUGGGGUCCCACCAACUCGCCGUCCAGCGUGGCUCGGCGUCCGACGCUCCUUUCCGGCUUCACCUUCUUUCUGCGCACCGCCCGCCUGUUGCUUUUUACGCCCCCCAUCCCCACCACCACCAGUGGUCCACCCCCACAUCAUCUCCC